CACAACCCUAAUCAAAUGGCAAGUACAAUUAGUCGUACACUCUCGUGCCAUCAUCAUGGAUAUAUUCAGAUUUUUAUAAGCAAGAGAAAUGUGCAUGCCAAAGAAGGAUCACAAUUCACAAGACUAGAAGAGAAGAGAGAAGAACACGUACACAUGCUGACCGCUAGGCGAUGGAGAUGAUUCACAAGGGAUCCAUGGACUUUGUGCUGGUCCCUUGCGGGCUUGCGAUCAUGCUCGGCUACCACCUCCUCCUCCUCUACCGCAUCCUUCGCCAUCCGCACACCACCGUCAUCGGCUACGAGAACCACAACAAGCUCGCCUGGGUGCAGCGCAUGGUGCAGACGACGGCGCCGGAGGAGGCGGCCCUGGCGCUGAGCGUGAUCUCCGACAGCAUCUCGGCGUCCACCACGCUGGCGUCGCUCUGCAUCGCGCUGGGCUCGCUGAUCGGCGCGUGGGUGAGCAGCAGCGCCGCGCCCUCGGAGCCGCUCACGGCCGGCGGCGACGGCGGUGCCGGCCAGCCGACGACGACGGGGAUGGCGUCGGCCAAGUUCACGUCGCUGCUCGUCUGCUUCCUGGCCUCCUUCGCCUGCUUCAUCCAGUCCGCGGGGCACUACGUGCACGCCAGCUUCCUCAUGACCGCGCUGGGGUCGGACGCGCCGGCGAGCCACGUGCAGCGCGCCGUGAUCCGGGGCGGCAACUUCUGGGCGCUGGGGCUCCGGGCGCUCUACUUCGCCACGGCGCUGCUCAUGUGGGUGUUCGGCCCGGUGGCCAUGCUCGCCUGCUCCGUGCUCACGGUGGUCGUGCUCCACCUGCUCGACACCAGCUCCAUGCCGCUGCACCACCACCAGUUCCUAGACAGAACGAGCGGCACUGGGGGAACCAGAGCGGCCAGCGCUCCGAACCCGGGGCUCCAUAGCGCGGUCGCGGUGUUCUCGCCGGUGCCGUAUCUCAGGUGACGGAGGAGAAAGUUUCUGGUGUAUGAUGUUCGAAGAUUUUUUUUAAAAGGUUAAACCACCGGC